UAAUCCAAUAAGUGACUUCACAAUGAAAGUAGUGUAGAUUAUCCUCCCUCUCCAUUCUUGAUUAGCCAGUCCUUUGUGAGCUGCAGAGCCUGAAGAGUCUGCCGGUGAAAAUUAAAUCAUGUAUAAUCCAGAUAAGGGGUACCCAUCUGCCACUCCAGCUUAUGCACAACCAGGUGUUGGCGGAGCUUAUCCACCCCCCCCACCUUAUGGAGCUGGAGGACCACAACCCACAGUGGUUGUGGCCCCUGUAACCACAACAGUGUUCAUGGGAACAUCAUUCACCGACACGCCAGCAUCAUGCACCUGUCCUGUUUGUCGGCAGAACAUAGUGACGCGUAUAGAAUAUAACACUGGACUCCUAGUCUGGCUGAUCUUUGGCAUCCUCUGUCUGCUUGGUUGCUGGUUAGGAUGCUGCCUGAUUCCUUUCUGCGUGGACAGCUGUAAGGAUGUCGACCAUUAUUGCCCCAACUGCAAUCAUCACCUAUCAAAAUAUAAAAGGCUCUGAAUGAGAUUCCUUGGCUAUGCAAAAAAUAAAAAGAAUGCUCUAUAAUGUGAAGAUUUUACACCAACAUAUUUAGUAUAUAAAUGAUUACCUUGUCUGAGCUCCUUAAAUAUGUGAUCUGGCUUACUAAUCAUAUGCGUAGUGGAGCAUGUAUUAAAGAAGCACUUUUAGUCCUUUUGUAAUGUACAUCAGGUAGAUAGUGCUCUUUAUCAGCCUGUGUUCUGCUCCUCCAUUGUACCAUGUGGCCCGCACUUCAGUGUGGAUCAGGACUGAGUCUCUGGAUGCAUUUCUAGGAAACUCGCACUGAGUGAAACUGACUACUAGUCCAGACUAAAGAGCUGUGGAUUUGGAGAGCCAGGCUGUUGGUCAUGGAAUUUAACGGAGGCUGAUUAAUUUAGAAAUAAAACACUGGUGGGAAAAUUACAGUUGAAACAAAAGAUAACACUUUGCAUCUUUAUAUGUUAAAGUGUACUUUUCAGUUUUCGUUGUUUAUACAUGUUCUUUUAUAAAAAAAAAAAAAAAAAAAGCUUUUAUAAAGUAUUAUCUCUAACUCUUCUGUCAGAUUUGAAUUUAUUAUUAAAGGCAUAUGCUGCAUAUAAUUA